AUGAAGCACCAAGGAACUGGUGCGGCAACAGAGCCACCUCAGGAUCAGCCUCCACCAUAUGAGGCGGUGCCGCAAGACUUGGAGGGUAUUCGCGUCAACGAUGAUGGUCGCAUUUCGAUCGACGCGAGCUCUCGACUCUGCCGGACUCUGUCCAGACUAAUUCCGACGUCUCCCAACCAAAGCACGCCUCCAUCAGGACCACCACCAAGUUAUGAAGACCUGGUUGUCGCACCACCUAGGUUCAAUCUCAAUAUCGUCAUUCAAAUCGUGGGAAGCCGGGGGGAUGUUCAGCCUUUUCUUGCAUUGGGCACGGAGCUACAACGAACCGGCCAUCGUGUCCGGAUCGCCACGCAUAACGUUUUCGAGAAAUUCGUGGCAGAAGCUGGGCUAGAAUUCUACCCCAUAGGCGGAGAUCCGGCCGAUCUGAUGGCGUACAUGGUCAAAAAUCCCGGUCUCAUUCUUAGUAUGAAGAGCCUGCAAAAGGGCGAUAUCCAAAAGAAUCGUCUGAUGAUGGCGGAAAUUCUUCAUGGAUGCUGGCAUUCAUGUCUGAUGCCUAAUCCUGUUACAAAUACGCCAUUCGUCGCCAACGCAAUCAUCGCCAAUCCUCCCAGCUUCGCGCAUGUUCACUGCGCCCAGGCUCUCGGGAUCCCGAUUCACUUAAUGUUCACAAUGCCAUGGACCGCAACCCGAGCUUUUCCGCAUCCUUUGGCAAAUUUGUAUAAUAUCCAUCCUGAUCAGGACUGGAUCAACCGUGUCUCUUAUUCAGUGGUGGAUUGGCUAUCUUGGCAAGGUCUAGGGGGUGUUAUCAACGAUUGGCGCAAGUAUGAAUUGGGACUGGAGCCUAUAUCGCUAUCUGAUGGUCCCUUUCUCCUGAAGACCCUUCAAAUCCCUUACACAUAUUGCUGGUCCCCUGGUCUUGUUCCUAAGCCACAUGACUGGCCUGCGAAUGCAGAUGUUUGCGGUUUUUUCUUCCGCGACCCCCCCGAUUAUCAGCCCAACUCCGAGGUUGUUGCAUUCCUUAACUCCGGACUUCCCCCGAUUUACAUUGGAUUUGGUAGCAUCGUCAUUGAAAAUCCAGGAAGGAUGACGGAGACCCUUCUACAAGCGACCCAGGAGACUGGUGUUCGAGCCAUCAUCUCUCGUGGAUGGAGUAACCUGAGUGGGCCAGACCUGCCUCAUAUACUUUAUUUGGUCGAUUGCCAACCUGAAUGGCUGUUUCAACAUGUUUGUGCGAUUGUACACCAUGGUGGUGCCGGAACAACAGCCUGCGGGCUGCGAAAUGGCAAGCCAACCACCAUUGUACCCUUCUUCGGCGAUCAACCUUUCUGGGGAGAUAUGACUUCUGCAGCUCAUGCAGGCCCGGAUCCCAUACCACACAAGCAACUAAAUAUACCAAACCUUGUCCAUGCAAUUCGUUAUUGCCUGACGCCUGAAGCAACCCACGCUGCACAGGAUGUCGCAAAUAAAAUGCAGCAAGACCAAGGAGUGAAGGCCGCCGUGGCCUCCUUUCAAAGACACCUCCCACGCCUUACCGAAUGUGAGCUUCUACCGCAAUUCCCAGCAUCUUGGAGAUACAAGAAAGGGAAAAGAACGUACCACCUAUCCAAGGUUGCUGCAGAAAUCCUGGCUGAGAACCACGUGCUAGACCCGAGUAAAAUGAAACUAUACCAAGCAUGCCCAAUCCACAUCGAAAACAAACGCUGGGACCCGGUGACAGGCGUUUCUUCAGCUGGCUUGGGGAUGGCAUUUGAAAUGCUCAAAGCGGGAGGCAAUAUUAUCUACAAGCCCUACGAAGUUUACAAGGGAGGUAGCAGAGACUCUCUAUCCUCGAUACACUCACCGAAAAACUCGCCGCAGCUGCUUUUGCCUGUAUCGUCAAAUGCCGGAGAAAGUUCUUCGUCGCUUCGGAAAGCUCGAUCUAUGAACUAUUUGACAGAGGCCAAUAAGUUAGAGCCAAAGGAGAAAGGCAAAGCUCGCGCGAUGGCUUCAGCCUUGGCUCAGGCCUCGGGAAAAUUUCUGGGAAAGUUCGUAUCCGGUACCAUGGUCGAUGUACCAUUGGCUGCUGCCGAGGGAUUUCGUGUCCUUCCGGGUCUAUAUGGAGGCAAUAUUCAUGACAGUGAUAGGGUUACGGACUGGAAGUCUGGCAUGUUAGCCGGUGCCAAAACCUUCGCUAUUGGUAUGGCUGAAAGCUGUGUUGAUCCGUUCUAUCAACCAUACAAGGGUGCCAGAGACGCAGGCGCUCUAGGCUUUGCUAGUGGGUUAUUCAAGGGAACCUUUGGCGUGAUUGCUAAGAUGGGUCACGCCUCCAUCGGCCUUGUCGCAUACCCUGGGCAAGGUAUCAAGCGAAGCGUUAAAGCUGCCUUCUUUGAGAGUACCCAAAAGGGGAUAGCGACUUCUCUACGCGAGGAUGGCCAAGACAUGGCUCGGCAAUGGAGGGUGAGAGGUUCACAGGACGGGGUUGUUGUUGACAGAUUCAUGCGUAUGGACCGUGAGGAUGAUUCAGAAGAUGACAGUGAUUAUGUGUAG